UAAAAAUAUGAAAGAAAAUAUUUUGGAUGCUCUUAUCUCAUCAAAGGUAGAUACUAGGAAGCAAGGAGUGGCCAAAGCUUCUAGGUUCAAGAGCAGAAAGAUUCGGUCUCCUAAUCUUCGAUUGGAGAACAAUAAAUUUAGAAUAUUUUCUCCAAGUCCCAAACCAAGAGAUAAAAUUAAUGUGGCAACUGAUAUAAAGCAAACCACUCGACAGCAUCUGCAAAUCAAGAAUAGGCCUAGACAUCGUAAUAUCAGUAUCUCAAGUGUUAAGAAGACCACUUGGAAGCCUAAAAGUAAGAUAGGGUCUGGCCUAUAUUUUACCAUAUGCACAAAUUGGUGAUUUUGUCAUUUAUGCCUCGUCGAACCAAUUUUUAGGCUCUAAAUUGAUCGGAGAAAUUACAAGAGCCAUAAUCAAGCCAAGACAAUUGCUUUGCGAUCAGUUCUUUAAUAAUAUGUCCUUAGAUUAAUAACUUUAUCAC